AUGCUCCCAGGGAAAUGCUGGGGUGUGUGUUCCUUACAGGUGAGGUGCUCCCAGGGAAAUGCUGGGGUGUGUGUUCCUUACAGGUGAGGUGCUCCCAGGGAAAUGCUGGGGUGUGUGUUCCCUACAGGUGAGGUGCUCCCAGGGAAAUGAGACGUGGGCUCUUCAAAGAGCCAAAGAUCCACUCAGCUCUUGAAACAGCAGAAACACUCAUGCAUCUUUGUGCUUCUAACCUUCUGCUACUUCUCUUUCUCCUUGCUCCCUUGGUGGCUCUGCUUGUUGGAUUCUGAAUCUGUUCAUGGGCCCCAGAGCUUGUUGUUAGUUCUGUAUGGUUUCACUGAAUCUCUUACUUGCUCCGGUUACUACACAAACUGUGUUCAUGUAGUAACUGGAGCAAGUACUCUUAGUGACCUACAUCUGCUUCCCAGCAUAUUACUCUGGGCUAUGGCUUCCUCUUACUCUGGGACUGGUUCUCAAGAUGAACCUCAUAGUCAGGAAGAGCUGAGACGGGAUUGGGGGCUGGGUCCACAAAGCACCCACAUGGGUAGUCCCCUAGGACCUAGCACUGUUUGUUGUAUGGGCAGGUCCCUAACAAAACAUUGUGAUUGGUAUACAUUAAAAAAACAAAGCAUUUAUUGUAGUAUCUCAUGAUGUGGAAAAAGAAGUAUUUAUUCAGGUAAAAUUAGAUGUGCUGCUUCUGCAGAUGAAGCACCAGGGUAGACAGCCGGGUUUUAAGGUUGGAGAGGCAGGUUCUUCCCUCAAGGCAUUUGCUCUCUCCUCGAAGUCUGAGUGAUCAAUCUGGACAGAGAUAAUAGAGAACCUAUUAAAUUGUGGACCUUAUUCCAGGUCCAGUUUCAAACAAAUCUUGAAUACAUUAGGGGAGUUACAAAAUCUGAGCUGGAAAAUUUCUUGCUGCUCACUGCAGAAAAAUGGCUUCUGGGGGAGCCAGGUGAAGGAUUUGACAAAAGAUAAACAUAAAACUCAUUUGGGUCAUGAGCAGAUUUCACAGUGCUGCCCAUUCUACCUGUGGUUAGAUUUUGGGGGGAUUCUGAUUAGAAAAGAAGUUUUUUUUUUAGGCUUCAUUCAGUGGUUUAUGUCUGUAAUCCCAGCACUUUGGGAGGCCAAGGCAGGAGGAUUGCUUGAGGCCAGGAGUUUGAGACCAGCCUGGACAGUAUAGUGAGACUCUGUCUCUAAAAAGAAAGAUUUUUUUUUUCACACGGGCUUUAAAAAAACAUUAUUACAUAGCCUCCUGAAAAUCAUCCUUUUUUUAUUGCCAUGGCAUGACUUUUAAAAUAAUGCAAUGUGCUGUGAUAUGCAACUAAAGUUCUGAACUUUUUUUGAAAGGUCUUACCAGUAAGCUUGUACUUUUCAUGAUAUCACAGAUGCUGUGGUCAGACUUUUUUGAUUAUGAAGCAAGCUCUAAAAAAACAGAACUGAAGUGAUCUUCCUCUAUAUAAACUGUAUGUUAUCUUUCACAGCAUCUCAUUAGACUGGCGGCUCUGAGGGCUGAGGCAAACAGGCUGCCCUCUCCUCCAAGCAGCACCAGCAUCUCCUGGCGUUGUGCACUGCACGCGCCCUGGUGCGGUGGGGGAUGCUGGUGAGCUGCGUCUUGAGGUCGGGGCUGCUGUUUGUCACUCUGUCUCUUGCCAUUGCUAAGCCUAAGCAAUCUUCCUUCAGCAAAAGUUGCUACCCAAGGGGAAUGCUGUCCCAAGCUGUUGACAGCCUCUAUGUCAAGGCAGCAUGGCUCAAAGCAACAAUUCCAGAAGAUCACAUAAAAAAUAUACGAUUAUUAAAAAAGAAAGCAAAAAGGCUAUUUAUGAAAAAUUGCCGAUUCCAAGAACAGCUUCUGUCCUUCUUCAUGGAAGAUGUUUUUGGUCAACUCCAAUUACAAGUUUGCAAGGAAAUACACUUUGUGGAAGAUUUUCACAGCCUUCGGCAGAAAUUGAGCUGCUGGAUUUCCUGUGCUUCAUCAGCUAGAGAAAUGAAAUCCAUUAUGAGGAUGAAAAGAAUAUUUUAUAAGAUUGGAAACAAAGGAAUCUAUAAAGCCAUCAGUGAACUGGAUAUUCUUCUUUCCUGGAUUAAAAAAUUCUUGGAGAGCAUUCAGUAAAUUCAGAAGUCAAGUACAUUGAUUUUGAUAGUUAUUUUGAAAUAUAAUGAGACGCAGUAGAAAAAGUUUGUAACAGUCUAUUUCUUUAAAAAAAAUUUUAUACAUCAUACUGACAGCAAAUUUGGUGACUUAAAAUAGCUGAGAGUGACUUAACAUAAUGGAGAUAUGUUAAUUGUCACUAAUUUGUACAUUUUAUGUAUUUUCAAAGAACAUUUUCGUCCUGAACAUGUUUUGUUAUUCUCAAGUACAAUAUAGAAAUUUAAUUUAAAGGUACCUAACCCAAAUUAACUCAUGUAAUACUUGUGGAAGAAAAAUGACAGGUUUUUGGAAUACACUAUAAUGGUUUUGAGACUUAAAUAGAUGUUAUGUAUAUAAUUAUACCCUACUUAGGGGUUCAAUAAUUAAGUCCAGUGUGAAUUUAGCUUAACAUAUUUUGAUUUUAAUGAAAUAAACUGCAUUUCUUUCUCCCGGAAAUUCUUUUCAUGACAGCACACCAGAAUUUCACAGGUUGCAAGGGG